AUGCUAGGAGUAUCCCGUUUCACGCAAGUGAAGGACGGGAUUCGAAGUUCUCUCCUACGUCAGCGAUCGAAGAUUAGAGACGCCGCCGCGUUUGCCAAGGAAAGUAAAAUAAGGUGGGCCGGACACGUGAUGCGCUUUGAUGACAACCGUUGGACCAGAGCCGUGAGCGACUGGGUUCCCCGCGAUAUUAAGCGCACUACAGGAAGACCGCCGACCCGAUGGUCAGAUUUCUUCACGAUGUCCUUGAAAGAAAAAUAUGAUGCUCUUCGUGUCCCACGCGAAAGGAGGAACCACUGGGCUACUCUGGCACGCGAUCGGGACAAAUGGAAGAAUUACUGGCGCCCGCUCGACCAGUUCGAAGAUCAAUGGGAGUCAAGGUGA